GAGGCGGAGCUGCGGCGGCGCGAGCUGAGCGAGCGCUCCCUGGAGCAGUGGAAGCACCGCGCCGCGCGCCACGCCAAGCCGCUCACCGGCUGCAUCUUCCAGCGCGACCGUGAGCCUCCGCCCGCAACCGAAAGCUCCCAAGGCCGCUAUAGACUUCAUCAACCCGGAACCCUGGCAGUUCUGACUACUCGCGCCAGCAAGAAAGCCCCGACCAAAUUGCAGGCCUUCUCAUGCCUGCUGGCGGCCGCCCAUCGCGCCCUCGCGCAAGCCACGCCCGCACCCGCUGCCGUCGCCAACGACCCUGGAAGCCACCGACCGACUGCCGUACCUUUCUGCACGCGACUCUUUUGGGCAAAUGUCUUCGUAGUGAUAAUUAAAUCUCACCGUUGA